AUGGCUCGACACACCAUGUCGCCCUGGACUCAUCUGAGGGGCAUCGUCAUCACUCUCCCGUGGCUUCUGUAUCUGCUGCUUGCAGAUGUCCUGUUGUCCCUGCUUCUGCCACUGGCGAUUUUCAUGCCAAGGGCCGUGUAUCGGGCUUCAUCCAAGUUAGCAGAGUCUGUGUGGGCAUGGAUCCAGCUUAUAUUCGUCUCGGUCAACGGGGCUCACAUGGAAACCUCUGGUGACUUGCUGCCCGAAGGUGAAUCAGCCAUUGUCGUUGCCAACCACGUCGCAUGGUCCGACUUCUACAUGAUUCAGGCUCUGGCCCGACAGGCCAGCAUGCUGGGAUAUUGCCGCUACUUUGCCAAAAGCCAGCUCAAGAUGGUGCCGUUUUUAGGUUGGGGUCUCUGGGCCAUGGGCAUGCCCCUUGUCAGUCGAAACUGGCUCAAGGAUAAAGCUGAGCUUGAUCGUGUGUUUUCAGGCAUAGUCAACGAUGAAUUCCCCACCUGGCUCGUUAGCUUUAGCGAAGCAACCCGGUACACAAAACAAAAGUUUCAAGAGUCGCAGGCUUGGUGCAAGAAGACUGACAAGACCCAACCUAAACAUCUGCUCUACCCUCGCACCAAGGGUUUCAUUGCCACGGUGCAAUACCUUCGGAAAGCUUCCCACGUGAAUGCUGUAUACGACUUCACCAUUGCAUAUCAGUGUAACGGCGUCUUUCAAGUAGCGCCAUCCAUGUGGGAGACGCUCAGUGUUCCCCAGCUGAGCCUCGCUUCGAGGUUCAAGUUUCACAUUCAUGCGAGACGAUUCCCUCUCGAGUCUUUGCCGUACUCUGACGAAGACUUGGCACAGUGGCUCGAGCAGAGAUGGAUAGAAAAGGGAGAUUGGUUGGAGUCUUGUAAGCAAGCCUGGGCCAUUACCUCGUCAUGA